UGCGUCAACAACACUAAUUAUAUAGAAUUUCAAUUGGUUACAUACAUGGAGCUCAGGGUAGACAUACCAACAAAGAAAAAACUUCAAUGAGAGCGAUGCAUUGAAGAAAACGCGUGAACGUUGCGGGUUGUAAUAGUAGAAUUAGACAGUGUUGAUACAGUAAUGCUUAGAAACUUGAAUAGGACAGUUUUACCAAAAAAAAACUUGAAUAGGACAAGCUUUUUUUAUUUCUUGAUUCUUCUGACAUAACUACUGUUGUUGCCUUCUAUUUUCAGUUUCCUUCUGCUCUUCUACCAUCUUGUCGGUAAUAAAGGCAAUUCCACUUAAAUAUUUAUGCCGCAAAAGAGGAUACAACUCAUUAGGUUUGCAUUAUUUGGUAAAACCUAUGGGCUUUGCGUAGAUUAUAUUGAGGACCAAUGUUCAUUAGGUAAACAGUUGAUGAUGAUAUUUUGUGGCAGAAAUGUAUAGUAAUGUAUAUUGCUUGUUCCGUGUCUUGUGGUAUAGUAGUUGUAUUGAGUUACAGUCAAGUCAUGUUCUAACUCAAACUUAUUUGGUUGUAAAAUGUCAAUCUAUAAUUCUACAUAAGAGAGGUAUCUAUGCUAAUGCCUCGUUGGCUAGCUCAACUAAUCGUUAGAGAUCGUUUACAUACAAUAUUGGACUAAAGCAAAUGAAUAUAAUUUUUUGGACAAUAUGAAGUGAAAAAGCUUUGCCUUGACCCACCACUAAUUAUUUCUAAUGUCAUUUUCUUCUCUCUUUGUCGCCUAUUCCUUUUUCAUUUCGCUUAUAUGAUAAUAUAUUACUUAUUGACGUAUAUAAAAAAGCAAACAACAAUGACAAUACUCAUUAAAAGAAAAUUAGAAAUCUAAGAACUAUGUGAUAAUUACCAGUUAACCCCAAUUAAAGACAGCUAUAAGUAACGCUAAACCUAAUAGUCUGUUCAGACUAGUAAGCUUUCUUACUUGACUACGGAAAACAUGCUUAGUUUGGAAUUAGGUUCUGUAGUUUCCUUACAUAAAAAGAAACACACGUACGAAAUAAGAAGAAAAGAACCAUACGAAUUGAACCAUAAGUAAAUAAAAAACAUACGAAUAGAACCACAAAUCAACAUCUUUCAGUCACAUUCUAUCUCUCUCUUGAUGUGCCCAUAUUUCUUGCUGUCAACAAUUCACAGCCUCCUUCAUUGCAUCACCCAUCAACAAACAAAAAAAACGCCUUUAAAUAUUAAAUAAUUCUACCUAAAAACCAUUCAAACAAACAAAAAUAUUUUCCCACUCUCUCUCUCGCUCUCGUUUUCUCUCAUCGUCUCCUCCAAUCUUUAGUUCAUCAGAUGUCUUCUCGAACCCGCAGAUCAAGAACCAACCAACUCAGGAGAACAAUCCUUAGUCUCGGUCUUCUUCUUGUUAUUUUGAGUUGCUGCAAUGGAGCUAGAACCACGAACAUGUUCAACACGAGUUCACCACCUAAACAACCCGACGUAGUUUCACCCCCUCAUCCUCAUCACAAUCGUCAAGUACAAGAUCACAAAAAUGUACAGUUUUUGGGGUUCUUGCCACGUCAGUUUCCGGUUCCAGCUUCUGGUCCUUCAAGAAAACACAAUGACAUCGGUUUAAGUAGUACUACUGGGACUCCUUCUCCUUGAAGUUCAAAAUAUUUUAUUAAUCAUUCUCCCUUUUUAUUUCUGUAAGUUUUGUGGUUUAAUUUUGGUCUAAACUGAUGUAAAUAGAAUAUUAAUUUGAUUUAUUUCUGGGAAAUGCUGUGGGAAGAUCAUCUUUUUUUUUUGUUUUUAAUAUUGGAGUUUGUUAAAUCCAUUGAAUUAUUGCACGUACGUAAGUAUAAAGGAGGAGACAUAAGGGUCUUUGUCUAAAUAAACAAUUAUUACUCCUUUGGAUCUUCCUAUAAGGAAAGUUCGUUCUCAUAAGACUCGGAUACAAUGUCCUAGUCGUCAAUUAAUCCGAAUGAUGAUGAUGAUACUGUAUCAUGUCACAUUCAAUAUAGGUUACGUACAAUCACCGACUUAGUAAGUAGGAUAACUUUGUAUACUAUUACGAUUGAUAAUUUUGGAAAUCUAACAAAUUAAAUCUCAAUUGUAUAUCACAUAUAGAAUUGUAAAUCUCAAUUCCAUAUAUAUAUUUGAAAAUAUUAUAAGAGUUUUAAGCAAUUAGAAAAGGAUCGAUAGAAAGUAAAUACAGUACGUUGUGUAAUCUAUUUAUACACUGCAUACAAGUAUAAAUUGGAAUUUAAAUCUGUUUUGCAUUCAGAUUCGGAGCUAGAAGCGUUAAGAUGAACAAUUGACAACAUGUUUCAUCAUUCGACAUGUUAAGAUUUUAUGACAAAUUGCAAAGACUUAAUAAAUAUGAUAAAAGAACCUCAGGCGCCGAUUUUUUUGACAGAGGUGAAGAAGAUAAAAGAAAUGAAAAGAGAUUCCAUGACUUCGUGAUAUCCUAUAUUUUUUGGGGGAUAUGGUGAAAUUGUUGGCCUUAGUUAGAAUUGUUUGAUCUUUUCAUAUGAUUUUUUGUUUGGUUGUUUAUUCUAUUCAAGUGUUGUCCGCCGAACUACUUUAAAUUUAACUAUUUAAGUAAUAAAAUGGUUUCUUAUGUCAAGAAAACAAGAAUACUAUAGACUUUUUGACGAGCACUAGUAAUCUGUGUUCGUGCGUCAAAGAAUGGUCAGUU